ACAGUCAUAUGACUUGUAUUUCCUGGCACAGCCUGAUCGACUGGACGUCUCCUCACUUUUCUCUGCUUUUGUUUUUUCUCUUCAGUGGCUGAACAUCCCAAACCCUCAGCGAUCAUGUCUCGAUACGCUGCAUUUGUUUUCUUCUUGUCUUUCGGAGUUGUGUCCCAUCUGUCUCAUGGCAUUGAGGUUAAAGUCAUGAAUAAGGACAAGUUGUGUCUUUAUGCCAAUCUGACCCUCAGCUUCUCGGUCACCUAUGAAGUUGCUGACAACAAGAACAAAACGGUUUCAUUUGAGCUUCCCUCCUCUGCAUCGUCAGACGACAGCAAAUGCGACAACACGAGCUCGAUUCUGAAGCUCAGCUUUCCGGACGGACACUCCUGGAGCGUGAACUUCUCCCUCAAAGACAAAAGCUACCAGGCAGAAAACAUAACCUUCGUUUACAACCUCAACGACUCAAAGGUCUUCCCAGAUUCUUCAUCCAAUGAAACUGUUACCGUGACGACAAAGCCUGACAUUACAGACGUUGGCGUGAACACGUGCUACUCGUGCAAAAGUGAAGACACGCUCAUCGCUUCGCCCCUUGCCAACAUGACUCUGUCGGACGUGCUCAUACAGGCCUUCAUCCUCAACGGCACCAAGAGCGAGAACCUAACGACCUGCUCUGCGGACAAACCCGUAACUCCAACUCCCACUCCCACUCACGUGACCAACGCCACCACCGUGGUGCCGGCCACCAACGCCACCACGGCAGUUCCUCCCACCACCCCCACUCCCACUCUGCCCACUCCCACAGUGGGGAAUUACUCCUUCAAGCACGACGUCAACAGCACGGCCUGCCUGCUGGCCAACUUCGGCCUGAGGAUCGGCUUCACUCAGAACAAGAAGUAUCAGGAGGUGAACUUUGACCCUCCAACUGAAGUUUCUGGAAGCUGUGGAGUCGACAGCAGCGAGCUCAUCCUGAUGUCCAACGGCAUCAACGUUUCUCUCUCAUUCUACAAUGACACAAAGAAAUUCCGCCUCCAUGCAGUGAACGUCACCCUCAACACCAGCUCCGGCAUUUUUGCUCAGAGUGGCGCCAACCUGAGUCUGUGGGAGGCGGCGGUGGGAAGCUCCUACAUGUGCAACAAGGAGCAGAACUUCACCAUCACCGACCUGCUCUCCAUCUACACCUUCAGCCUGCAUGUGCAGCCGUUCGGCGUGAAGAACGGCCUCUACAGCACAGCUGAGGAAUGCCUGACUGAUGAGGAGAGCUACCUUGUUCCCAUAGCUGUCGGCGUUGCCCUGCUUGUUCUCAUACUUAUUGUUCUGCUGGCUUAUUUCAUCGGGAGGAAGAGAAGCAUGGCGUCGGGCUACCAGUCUUUCUGAUCUUACUCCUCGUUUAGAGCUGCAGGGGGUGGCCGCCGCCUUAUUUAAAUCGCUGCUUUUUCACUAAUUGGUGAUGAGAAGAGCGUAAUCUGUGUGUUUUGUUCUGUUAACUUAUGGGUCUUCUGAUUGUCUUUUAGCUUUGUAUAAAGACUGGAAACACGCUUGAUGUACUCAAAACUACCAAACAGAAAUUGGAUGUGAUUCCCAGAAAGUACACUUAACUAUAAUUAAUUAGUUGGUUGCAAAAUGGCAGCUGCUGCAAGUCUUAGUCUGUUUAAUGGGUGGGAAGCUGAAAUCUAAAAUCUGCCAUCAGGACGCUUCCAAAUAUAUAUAUUUUUUCUUAAGGGGCAAGUUAAUUUUUUUUUCUUUUUUAUUAGUGAGUUUGGAUACAAGUAAAACUUCUUCCAGUUGAUUUUUACCCACUUAAAGCAACUCGAACUUUAAAUGUCCAAAUCAACAUGAUGGAACAAUAUAUUAUCAAAGCAUGCAAUACUUUAACAAAUAUUCAGAUUGUUUUUGUUGGAAAGGGUUGUUUAACUUAUACAUUCAAAACUUAAAAAGGCUUAUUGGUUACCCUUACUAAAAGACAUUUUUAUAUUCUUUAGGUAUUCAAUUUAAUUUCCCUUUCUGAUUCAAAAAGUAUUUUUGAAUUGAAUUUGAUUGGGGAAACAAAUGGAACAGAAUUUAAUCAAUUCUGAGCAAACAAAAUUCAGAUUUAGGUCACUUUCUGUUCGGAAAUAUUUGUAUUUUUAGCCAAGUAUAAUAAUUUAAAAGCACAUUUGGGGAGCGUUUGAGUAAAAGUCAUUGCACAGAAGAGGUGCUUGCAAAAGAAUGUAAAAAUAGUAGUUCAAAAACUAAUUUUGCUGGAUGCUAAUUUGUUCCAGAAUUUAUUCCGAUAAACUGUAAUAUUGCUUUGAGACCAUUUUCAAUAAAUAUACCGAUGAUGGCAUGGAAAUGCAAGUUGGCUCUUUGAAAGACCAAUAUACUUGCAUUUUGUGCAGAACAUUUAACCCUGGAACUGGAAGAUAUUUAAUUAUUAAAAAUAAAACACAACAAUCAAAAACAAAUAAAAACCACACACAACCGAAACCAUAAACAACAAAGUUUUAAGUCUCUCUAAACAAAACUAUUACCCUUUAAAACAAACAAAAAAACAUUAAUCAGAAUGGUAGGUAUCCGUAUCUAACGGUCAUGGCAGUUGCUAUGGAGUUGCUAUGACAACAACGAAACAAGCCACAAGCUUAGAAAGAGCUUUCGCCUCGUUCUUUUCUAACCUAAAAACAGUACAAGUACAUUAAAAACAUUACUUGAUUACAAUUUUUAAGUACUUUACUUUCUUUUUGUUGGUCUCGAAAUAGUUCGUCUUUGCACUUCUCCUGCCUAGCAGCAAGAUGGCGGUUCAGUAGCGCGGAUCACUUCCGGUUCAGAAGGUUCUUUAUUUUUAAGCUAGUUAAUUGUUUUUUUUAUUUUUUUUAUUUAAUCAAUAAAUUUUGUGAUCAUUUUUCUUUAAUUAAAAUAUAAUUCGUUUUUUUUAUUAGACUACUUUCACAAGAGAGAAUUCAGUUCGGGGAAAAAAAGAAGAAGCAAACAUCCAUGUUAAUUGUGUUCGGAUCGAGCUGUUUCCAGUUUUUACACUCAGCUUUUGGCAUAAUGUUUAAUUUAAUCUGACAAACUUCAGUGACUUAAUUUUCUAAAACUGAACUCAGCAGAAAUAAUCUGUCGUUUUGUGUUUUUCUCUCUAAUCCGCUCUGCAUCGCUUCCAUCUUUUCAUAGGUUGUUUCUGUUCUCCUGCUUCUGGCUUUGUUUCUAAUCGUUUAUUUCCGACCCAAAUCGCCCUCUAACUUCCUGCUGAGGCGCUAACUUCCUGUCUGUCUGUGUCUCUCUGUCUGUCAGCUGAGGAAUGCUUCCUGGACUCUGAUUUGAGCUUUUUGGUGCCCAUCGCCGUCGGCGUGGCCCUCAGCUUCCUAAUCGUCCUUGUGCUUAUCUCUUACCUGAUUGGUCGGCGGAAGAGCCGCACUGGUUACCAGUCUGUUUGAGUCCAGCUCUGCUGCUUCUGCUUCUUCUCCCUGUUUGUUCCCACCCUUUCUGCUCUUAAAUUAAAAAAGAAAAUACAAAAAGCUUCCUGGAUUUUUCUCAGUUUUCCUCCGAGGCAGCGUCUCCUUGCAAUAACCUUUUAGCUUAUUUCCCACGUCCAGUUUCAGCUGGUUUUGUUUGUUUUUUGUUUAUUUUUAUUUUUUUGUUCUGACAAAAGUGACUGAAUCAAGCACUAAAACGUUUAUGAUCUAUGAUAAAUUGUUUUAAUAUAAACUGCAUGUUUAAAAAAAGAUAGAUACAUGGCUGUGAAUUAGCCUUCCGCACUGCAAAAACACAAAAUCUUAAGUAAUUUUGUCGUUUUUUAGUUUUUUUUUUUUUUUGUGAAAGUAUCUUAGUACACUUGAAAUACAAUAUAACUAACUAUGAGUAAUUUUCAGCAAGUUUUAAAUCAAUAAUAUUUAAAUAGAGAUUAAAAAGUUCAAAUUCCACUAGCAGAAUUUUGUACUUUUGACAUUGGAAAAAUGCCUUACUAUGUAAUAUAGUAUUACUAAUGUGUAAUAUGUACAAGUUAGUAAUACGAACAUAGUUUUCAGCAAGAAAUAGGAGCUUGUUUUAAGUCAAUAAUUCCUUAAUAUUGAUUUUAAAAGAACUAGUUUCAUUGGCAGAUUAUUUCACUUAUAACAAAAAUUUAUUCUGAUGUUUUAGGAGAAAUAAUCUACCAGUGGAACUUGUACUUUUUAUCAGUUUUAAGGAAUUAUUUACCUAAAACCAACUCAUAUGUCUUCCUGAAAAGUUACUUGUAAGUUAGUUUUGUCUUAUUUCAAAAGUACUAAAAUAUUUGAACUAUAACUAUACCAAAAAUAUUUAAGAUUUAGUUUUUACAGUGCACUCUCUUCCCUUCCUAACCCAGAGAGGCUUUUUGCCCUCAUUUUCUGUGCUAUAUUAUAGUAUAUGUGUAAAUUAAUCUCUUGUAUAGAAUGACAGACAUUGAGUUUUGAUGAAUGUAAAGCCAACUUAUUUCUCAGACGUCGGUUUUCCACAGAUUUGUUUUCGCCUCCAUGUAUCACGAAUGAACAGCUAAACUUGUUGCACAUAUUCUCACCGGAUGAAAGGGAAAAAUAAUGUAACAGACACUUUACCAGCAUCGGGAUCAGUUUUAUUUCUCUUUUAUUUGUAGUUUUUGUCACUCUUGAAUUUUGUUGAAAUGCUCACAUAAAGUAUGUUGGAAAUUAA